AUGCCGCCUGAGAAGUUAUCGUCGAAUACCUCUCUCGCUUCCUCAUCUACUGCAUCCGCAGUCAGGGCAGACGCCAAAGACGACAGCAACUCCAAUGGAUUCGAAGAAGAUCCUGAAAUUGAAGCCGAGGUUCUUCAGCUCGCCCGCACAGUCUCGAACCUCUCUUCACGCAGCGCCGCAAGCAGCGACAUCGCCUCUGGCAACAUAAACCCAUUCAUCGACCAAUCAACAGAUCCUAGACUUGAUCCGAACUCUGAGCACUUCUCGGCUGCCUUCUUUGUUCGCACCCUUCUAGACAUUGAGAAACGGGACCCCCAAACCUAUCCUGUUAGAACGGCUGGCGUAUCAUUCAAGAACCUUUCCGCUUUCGGCUAUGGCACCUCCACAGAUUAUCAAAAGACCGUCGUCAACACUCUCUUCCACCUUUGUGACCGCGCUUUUGCUAUCCUUACUCGUCGAAAGGAGGCUCGCAUUGAUAUCUUGAGGAACUUUGACGGCCUACUCCUACCCGGGGAGAUGCUAAUGGUCUUGGGACGUCCUGGAUCUGGAUGCACUACAUUCCUCAAGGCUAUUGCCGUAGACUCUCACGGCUUUCACUAUGGACCCGAGUCCUUCAUGAACUAUCAAGGCGUCUCCCGAGAAUUGAUGGAGAACCAAUUUCGUGGCGAGAUAGUUUACAAUGCCGAAACGGAAGCCCAUUUUCCUCAUUUGACUGUUGGUCAGACCUUGUACUUUGCAGCUCUCGCCCGCACCCCCAAAAAUCGGAUCACAGGUGUAUCGCGUGAUACAUAUGCCUCCACUAUGCGCGACGUCGUCAUGUCGAUGCUCGGACUGACCCAUACUCUCAACACAAAGGUCGGCGACGACUAUGUCCGCGGUGUAUCUGGCGGAGAGCGCAAGCGCGUGUCGAUUGCUGAGGCCAUGCUCAGCGGGGCUCCUCUCCAGUGCUGGGAUAACUCUACUAGAGGACUGGAUGCGGCAACCGCGAUCUCGUUCAUCAGAAAUCUCAAGAUGUUUGCAAAGACUACAAAGACUACCUCAUUUGUUUCUCUCUAUCAAGCAUCACAGGACGCAUACGACAUCUUCGACAAGGUCACUGUUCUGUACGAGGGACGUAUGAUCUAUUUUGGGUCUACAAAACGCGCGCAAAAGUUCUUUGAAGACAUGGGAUUCGAGUGUCGAGCUCGCCAAACCACUGGUGACUUCUUGACAUCGCUCACGAAUCCUGUGGAGCGCAUAGUCAAGCCCGGGUUUGAGGGAAAGGUUCCAAAGACGUCGGACGAGUUUGCCGAACGAUGGAGGCAGAGUGAGAUGUACGCAGAGCUCAUGAACGAUAUCGACAACUACAACAACCAGUAUCCGCAACUUGGUCCAUCGUUCGAGCAGUUCUUGAAGUCACACAAGGCCGCGCAGUCGGAUCAUAUCUCCUCAAAGUCUCCUUAUACUAUCUCAUAUCCAAUGCAGGUUAAAAUCUGCGUUGUGCGCGGAUUCCAGAGAAUUGCAAACGACAUAUCGACUCCGGUUGUUAACGUCGUCUCGAACUUUGCUCUCGCGCUCAUUAUCUCCUCUGUCUUCUAUAACCUUCCUCAGACCACUUCAUCCUUCUAUUCUCGAGGUGCUCUCUUGUUCUUUGCCGUCUUGAUCUCUGCGUUCUCUUGUGCUAUCGAGAUCAUGCAGCUCUACAGCCAGCGAGAAAUCGUCGAAAAGCACCGAAGAUACGCCUUGUAUCAUCCGUCUUCGGAGGCAAUUGCAAACAUGAUCUGCGAGCUGCCAGCCAAAAUCUGCACUUGCAUCAGCUUCAACGUCACUCUUUAUUUUAUGACAAACCUGCGUCGUGAAGCUGGUGCUUUCUUUAUAUUCUUGCUCUUCUCGUUUACCUGCACCUUGACAAUGUCUGGCAUCUUCCGCACGAUUGCAGCCUUUACAAAGUCGAUUUCUCAGGCCAUGGCUCCAUCCGGAGUUAUUAUGCUCCUCAUCGUCAUUUAUACCGGCUUUACUAUCCCUACCCAAAACAUGCACGGCUGGUUCCGUUGGUUCAACUAUAUCGACCCAAUCGCUUAUGUUUUCGAGUCUUUCUUGAUCAACGAGUUCCGCAAUCGCUCAUACGCAUGCUCAAGCUUCAUCCCAGAGGGCGGGGUUUAUGAUGAGAUACCGACUUCUGAUCGUAUUUGCUCAUCGACCGGUGCUGUGCUGGGUGAGGACUACGUCCAAGGAAAUAACUUUAUUGAGACGAGCUACAGAUAUAUGCCAUCUCAUAUUUGGCGGAAUUACGGUAUCCUUUGGGCGUUCCUGAUUUUCUUCAACGGUUUAUAUCUCUUCGCGACUGAAUACAUCCGCUCCGCUCGAUCAAAGGGUGAAGUGCUCGUGUUUCAGCGAAGCCACUUUGCUAAACACGGAAACGCGGCCAAACUUCCUUCGGAUGAUAUCGAAAGUGCUAAUCAGCACGAGAAUACAGCUGUGGGAGAUGACAAGUCAACUGACUCUCAGGAUAUUAAUCUCCAGAAGCAGACCGAUAUCUUUUUUUGGAAAAAUGUCUGCUAUGAUAUCCCAAUCAAGGGGGGAAAGACAAGACGUCUUCUGACCAACGUCGACGGAUACGUGAAACCUGGAACUUUGACUGCACUUAUGGGUGCCUCUGGUGCUGGCAAAACGACUCUUCUUGACGUUCUUGCUUCUCGGGUCACUUUAGGUGUCGUUACAGGCGACAUGCUUGUCAAUGGCCAUCAGCGAGACAAUUCAUUCCAACGCAAAACCGGUUACGUGCAGCAGCAAGAUCUUCACCUCUCUACAUCGACUGUCCGCGAAGCUCUCAGAUUUUCAGCCGUUCUGCGCCAGCCAACUACAGUCCCGAUGAAAGAACGCGUUGCCUACGUCGACGAGGUCAUCAAAAUCCUGGAAAUGGAGUCAUAUGCUGAUGCUGUGGUCGGUGUUCCCGGUGAGGGACUUAAUGUUGAGCAAAGAAAGAGACUGUCGAUUGGGGUCGAACUUGCCGCUAAGCCACAGUUAUUGCUAUUCCUUGACGAGCCUACUUCUGGUCUUGACUCGCAAACGGCGUGGUCAAUUCUUCUUCUGCUUCGCAAACUCACAAAUCAUGGUCAAGCUAUCUUGUGUACUAUUCACCAGCCUUCAGCGGUCUUGUUUCAGCAAUUUGACCGGCUUCUUUUCCUAGUACCUGGAGGCAAGCCCGUGUACUUUGGCGAGAUCGGACCCAACUCGCGAACUCUCAUUGAUUACUUUGAGCGCAAUGGCUCGCCUCAUUGUGCAGAAAAUGCGAACCCUGCAGAGUGGAUGCUCGAGGUAGUGGGCGCCGCACCUGGAAGUGUGAUGGUCAAAGACUUUGCCCAAGUUUGGCUAGAUAGUCCAGAGCGUGCUGCUAUUCAACAAGAGCUGGAUCAGAUGCGAGACGAGCUUUCGAAGUUGGCUGUCAACGAAGAUCCACACGGAUCGCAGGACUUUGCAGCUCCUUUCAGUGUUCAGUUCAAGGAAGUGAUAUAUCGUGUAUCUCAACAGUUUUAUCGCACGCCUACAUAUAUCUGGUCAAAAAUGUUUCUGUGUUUUUUCGCCGGGUUCCUGAUCGGAUUCUCUUUUUACAAGGCGGAUAAGAGCAAACAAGGCCUUCAAAAUCAAAUGUUUGCUGUUUUCAUGCUCUACGCAAUCUUUGGCAAUAUCUCGCAUCAGCUUAUGCCGAAUUUUGUAACUCAGAGAUCGCUAUAUGAGGUUCGUGAGCGACCUUCGAGAACUUAUUCGUGGCAAAGCUUCAUGGCCGCCAAUAUUGUUGCCGAGAUCCCUUGGCAGCUACUUUGUGGCCUUCUUGCUUUUGUGGUUUGGUACUAUCCAAUCGGACUCUAUGAGAACGCAAAACCAACGCACAAAGUUGGUGAGCGCGGUGUUCUCAUGUUUUUACUUAUUGAAGAGUUCAUGACAUUUACAUCGACAUUCUCGCAUAUGAUGAUUGCUGGUAUUGAGGUCACUCAGACUGCCGCUUUCAUUACGUCGUUUUGCUUGUCGAUGACGCUCACGUUCUGCGGCGUCUUGGUAUCGCCUGACAGCAUGCCUGGGUUCUGGAUAUUCAUGUAUCGCAUUUCUCCGUUCACUUAUCUGGUGGACGCCAUGCUCUCUGUCGGGGUUGCAAACACAGAAGUGACUUGUUCGGCAAUUGAGUACUCACAAUUCCCAACGGAAGGGAAUUUGACAUGUGGGGAAUACAUGUCGGGCUACAUGUCAGUUGCUGGCGGGUAUCUGGAAGAUCCAGAGUCGACCGACAUGUGCUCCUUCUGCUCACUCAAAUACACCAACGUCUUCCUCGCUAGUGUGCAUUCGAGCUAUGAUUUGAGAUGGAGAAACUUUGGACUGAUGUGGGCGUACAUCAUAUUCAAUGUGUUUGGAGCUUUCUUUGCGUAUUGGCUAUUCAGAGUGCCAAAGAAGACGACAAAACACAUACACAAGAUUUCUUUCCAUCCCUCGGAGCAUAAUCUUCUUGGUCAUCAUCAUCAGAAGGCGGACAAGGAGAACUCUGCUGAGAAAAGUCCAGCGGAGGACAAAAGCCUGGAAAAAGGAAAUCUUGUUGAAUAG